AUGGACGACGCUGCGCCCUCACCUCUGGGGUCGGGCCGGGCGCUGCCCAGCCUUCUGUGCGCCCCGCAGGCUGAGGUGCUGGAGGACGUGCUGCGGGAGCAGUUCGGGCCGCUGCACCAGCUGGCCGCCAUCUGCCGGCUCAAGCGGCUGCCCUCGGGCGGCUACUCGUCCACCGAGGGCCUCCAGUUGGUGCUGGAGCGGCGGCGCGCGGCCAACGCCAAGGAGCGCGAGCGGAUAAAAAACCUCAAUCAUGGCUUUGCCAAACUGAAGGCACUUGUGCCCUUUCUUCCACAAAGCAGGAAACCUAGCAAAGUUGAUAUCCUUAAAGGUGCAACUGAGUACAUACAAGUUCUCAGUGAUGUUUUGGAAGAAACCAAAGACUCUGAGAAACAAGAUACAGAUGAUCAGAACUACAGCAACAACACUUCUGAGCCACAUGUGUCCUUGGUUAGAGAGCUAUCGAGAAACAUCACCCAACAUACCAACUGUGCCAUAGGCUUGAAGAAAGAGGAGGAAGGGCCCUGGGCAGAUGGUGGCAGUGGUGAGUGGACCUACACUUGUCACCAGAGUAUGAUGUCUACAACUGGAGUUGUUAUCUCCCCCAUCAGGAGUUCGGUAAAGUAUUCUUUCUUAACUAUCCACAAUGAUGUCAAAAAAACUCAGAAUGUAUACCUCGAGGCAUGGCAUCUCCAUGCUAAAACAUGA